AACACCGAUCUGUUUAGCUGUCGGAAAUGGCUGAAUGGUAGGCACUGAUCCAGGUUUAAAACCCAUCUUAGACAUGAGUCUGCCAGUAAAAGAGUCCAGGGUGAAAUGUUCACUGCAUAUGACAGACUGCUAACUCGGUUUGGGAAAAAUUAACUCUUCUUUCCACAAAUUUGACCCACUGUCAGAAGGGUCUUUGGAAAAAUAAUGUAAACUGACCAGAAUAAUUCAAAUUGCUCCAAAACUGAACCACAGACAUCUUCACCAUUUUUACAGAUUGGUUUUAGGUUAUAAUCUCGAAACAAAUGGGUUUUUCUUCAGUGUCAACAGGCAAUGAUACGAUUAUAAGUUAGUCCCACAACAGCAGGUCCCCGAGCUGUAAUUCACAGGAAAGGAGGCAUUUUUCAGGUGCGGGAAACUAGGUCAAAGUUCGUGGACUUCAAUUCAUAAAUACUUGCAUUUUCCAUAACAACAAGAUAUGCAAUCAUUCACAUUUGAAAAAUUUACGGUUGUGGUCCACCAGUCAAGCCCGCAGAUAUAAAGUUGGGGGCGUGAUUAGGGAUAGAAUCUCAAGACCUUAAAAUAAUUUACUGAGUCGUUAUACCCGUGUUUGUAGUUGUUAACUAAUACCAUAACCAUAACUUAUUUACACUGCACAGACUGAGACAGACAAUGCAGCCCUAUGGGGUCACAAUCCAGUGCAAUCUGGAGCCCGGUCCCAAGCCCAGAUAAAUGCAGAGGGUUGCGUCAGGAAGGGCAUCCGGCGUAAAAACUGUGCCAAACAAAUAUGAGCGUUCAUCUAAAGAAUCCCAUACCGGAUCGGUCGUGGCCCGGAUUAACAACAACCGCUACUGGCACUGCUAACCUGCAGGGCGUCGGUGGAAAUUCAACAACUUUGGGUCGAAGACAAAGAAGAGGAGGAAAACGGAUUCCUAUAAGAAGAAAAAGAGGAAUGCACAGAGCCUACGACUGAGUGUAAGGACUUUGAAUGUUGGGACUAUGACGGGAAAAGCUCAGGAGUUGGUUUACAUGAUGAUUAGGAGAAAGGUUAAUAUAUCGUGCAUCCAAGAGAGCAGGGAGUAAGACAAGAAGUUUGGGAGCAGGGUUUAAUUAUAUUAUAUAUAUAUUAUACCACGGAGUCUAUGGGAAGAGAAAUGGAGUAGGGGUGAUUUUAAAGGAAGAGCUGGCUAAGAAUGUCUUGGAGGUGAAAAGAGUAUCAGGUCGAGUGAUAAGACUAAAAUAGGAGUUUGAUGGUGUUAUGUAUAAUGUGGUAAGCGGCUAUGCCCCACAGGUAAGGAUGUGACCCAGAGUUGAAUGACAAAUUCUGGAAGGAACUAGAUGAAGUACUUCGGAGCAUCCCAGACAGAGAGAGUUGUGAUUGGUGCAGAUUGUAAUGGACAUAUUGGUAAAGGAAAUAAGGGCGAUGAAGAAGUGAUGGCGAAGUACGCCAUCCAAGAAAGGAACUUUGAGGGACAGAUGGUGGUGGACUUUGCAAAAACGAUGGAUAUGGCUGUAGUGAACAUUUAUUUCCAGAAGUGGGAGGAACAGAUAGUGACCUACAAAAGCGGAGGUAGAAGCACGCAGGUGGAUUAUAUUUUGUGCAGACGAUGUAGUCUGAAGGAGAUUACUGACUGUAAAGUAGUGGUAGGGGAGAGUGUAGCUCGACAGCGUAGAAUGGUGGUGUGUAGUAUGACUCUGGUGGUGGGUAGGAAGAUUAAGAAGACAAAGGUAGAGGAGAAAACCAUGUGGUGGAAGUUGGGAAAGAAAAUGUUGUGCGGCCUUUCGGAAAGAGGUGAGACAAGCUUUCGAUGGACAACAGAAGCUCCCGGAAGACUGGACGACGAAAAUCAAGGUGAUCAGAGAGUACUUGGUGUGUCUUCUGGUAGGAAAGGGGAAAAGGAGACUUGGUGGUGGAACCCCAAAAUACAGGAAGUCAUAAAAGGAAAGAGAUUAGCGAAGAAGUGGGACACUGAGAAGACUGAGGAGUCGCGAAAGGAGUACAUUGAGAUGCGACGUAGGAUAAAGGUAGAGGUGGCAAAGGCUAAACAAGAGGCGUAUGAUGACAUGUACACCAGCUUGGACAUGAAAGAAGGAGAAAAGGAUCUCUACAGGUUGCCCAGAAAGAGGGAUAGAGAUGGGAAGGAUGUGCAGCAGGUAAGGGUGAUUAAAGAUAUAGAUGGAAAUGUGUUGACUGGUGCCAGUAGUGUGCUAAAUAGAUGGAGAGAAUACUUCGAGAAGUUGAUGAAUGAAGAAAAUGAGAGAGAAGGAAGAGUAGAAGAGGCAAGUAUGAAGGACCAAGAAGUGGCAAUGAUUAGUAAAGGGUAAGUUAGAAAGGCACUAGAUAGGAUGAAAAAUGGAAAGGCAGUUGGUCCAAUGAUAUACCGGUGGAGGUAUGGAAGCAAUUUGUAGAGAUGGCUGUGGAGGUUUUGACCAACUUAUUCAACAGAAUACUAGCGGGCGAAAAGAUGCCUGAUGAAUGGAGGAAGUGUACUAAUUCCCAUUUUUAAGAACAAAGGCGAUAUUCAGAGCUGUGGGAAUUAUAGAGGAAUAAAGUUGAUGAGCCACACAAAGAAGUUAAGGGAACGAGUAGUGGAGGCUGGACUCAGGAAAGAAGUAUUUGCGAGCAACAGUAUUGUUUCAUGCCUAGAAAGAGUACCACAGAUGCAUUAUUCGCCUUGAGGAUGCUGGUGGAUAAGUACAGAGAAGGUCAGAAGGAGCUACAUUGUGUCUUUGUGGAUCUAGAGAAAGAGAGGAACUGUGGUACUGCAUGCAUAAGUCUGGUGUAGCACAGAAAUAUGUAAGAAUAGUACAGGACAUGUAUGAUGGCAGCAGAACAAUGGUGAGGUGUGACGUUGGUCUGUCAGAAGAAAUUAAGGUGGAGGUGGGACUGCAUCAGGGAUCAGCUCUGAGCCCCUUCCUGUUUGCAGUAGUAAUGGAUAGGCUGACAGACGAGGUUAGACUGGAACCCCCUUGGACCAUGAUGUUCGCAGAUGAUAUUGUGAUAUGCAGUGAAAGCAGGGAGCAGGCGGAGGAACAAUUACAAAGAUGGAGACACACGAUCGAAAGGAGAGGAAUGAAGAUUAGUCGAAGUAAAACAGAAUAUAUGUGCGUGAAUAAGAGGGGUGGAGGGGGGAGAGUGAGGCUACUGGGAGAAGAGAUAGCACGGGUGGACGACUUCAAAUAUUUAGGGUCAACAAUCCCGAGCAAUGGUGAGUGUGGUAAGGAAGUGAAGAAAGCGGGUUGGAACAGCUGGCAGAAGGUAUCUGGUGUGUUGUGUGACAGAAGAGUCUCUGCUAGGAUGAAGGGCAAAGUUUAUAAAACAGUGGUGAGGCCGGCCAUGAUGUACGGAUUAGAGACGGUGGCACUGAAGAAACAACAGGAAGCAGAACUUGAGGUCGCAGAAAUGAAGAUGUUGAGGUUCUCUCAAGGAGUGAGCAGGAUGGAUAGGAUUAGAACUGAGCUCAUUAGAGGGACAGCCAAAGCUGGAUGUUUUGGAGACAAGUUUCAAGAGAGCAGAUUUCGAUGGUUUGGACAUGUUCAGAGGUGAGAGAGUGAGUAUAUUGGUAGAAGGGUGCUGAGGAUGGAGCUGCCAGGCAAAAGAGCGAGAGGAAGACCAAAGAGAAGGUUGAUGGAUGUUGUGAGGGAAGACAUGAUGGCAAUUGGGGUUAGAGGGAAAGAUGCAAGAAAUAGGUUACGGUGGAAAAAGAUGACACGCUGUAGCAACCCCUAACAGGACAAGCCGAAAGGAAAAGAAGAAGACAGACAUUUUUAAAUAGGUCAAUAGACAUUCAAUUUCAAAACUAAACAUUAAUAUCAUGAAAUCAUUUAAUUUCAUCAUGAUGUAUUGUUAUAAUCUAUCAUAAUUUACUGCACUAUUGUCAAUCCAUUGAUGAAAGCUACCAGUCGAUUAUAUCUUCCUAGAGCAGACAUGUCCAAAGUCCGGCCCCCGGGCCAAUUGCGGCCCGUGGACAAAUUUUUACCGGCCCGCGGCCUCUAUCAUGAAAUCAAUAAUAUGCGGCCCGCCAGCACUGUUGACCACAGUAUAAAAUACAUGUGUACAAAAAGCUAUUUUUCAUUUCACCAGAAGAUGGCAGUAGCCCUGUGGCCGCACUCUGGCCGCCGUGACCCUUGACCUUGCGUGAUCGUUUCAGCCCAGCCCAUUUCUAACAUGGCGUCUGUAAACAAAAAAAGGAAAGUUGACCGCGAGGGCCGCCGCUUCCAGGACAAGUGGAAAUUUGAGUAUUUUUUCACUGAAAUACGAAACAACUGUCUGCCUAAUUUGCCAAGAGACUGUGGCUGUUUUCAAGGAAUUCAACAUCAAGAGGCACUACCAGACGAAACAUGCUAGCUACGACAAGCUAACUGGGAACAAACGCGGUGAAAAAGUGAAGCAACUGGAAGCUGUUUUAACGGCACAGCAAAGCUUUUUCACAAGAGUCCGUGAGUCAAAUGAAAAUGCCACAAAGGCAAGCUACGAAGUGGCAACGCUGAUUGCAAAGCACUGCAAACCUUUCACUGAGGGUGAAUUUAUUAAAGACUGUGUAAUGAAAAUGGUUGAGAAAAUUUGUCCCGCGAAGAAGCAAGAGUUUGCCAAUAUUUGCCUGGCUCGUAAUACUGUGGUACGGAGAAUUGAAGACGUUUCAUUAGAUAUUAAGAGACAGUUAGAGGCAAAAGGAACUGAGUUUGACUUUUUCUCGUUAGCGUGCGAUGAAAGCACGGAUGCGUCCGACACCGCUCAGUUACUGAUCUUUUUAAGAGGAGUGGACAAUGACAUGAACGUGAGUGAAGAGCUUCUGGACCUGGCUGAUUUGGGAUUUUUAGUUGACAUAACGCGACAUCUGAAUGCGCUGAACACAAGCCUUCAAGGGCAAAAUGCAGUGGUAAGCCAACUGUAUUCACACAUCAAAGCCUUUCGGACCAAGCUGCUACUUUUCCAAAGACACCUGUCACAGGCGCAGCCCAAAACCGCACAUUUCCUGUCGCUGCAGGAAAUUGUGACCAGUUUCCCACAGAUCAAUAUCAGUGCGCAAAUGACAAAGUAUGCAGCAGACAUCUCAUCUCUGGUUGAGGAGUUUCAGCAGCGCUUUCGGGACUUUGCAGCUAUUGAAAAGGAGAUCACGCUUUUUUCCUCUCCUUUC